CUCCAAAGUUCGUGUUGCAAUAUUGUCUUGCGAUCAUGACUUCUGGCAUGCAAUUCACAGACAGGGCUUCGAAAGCCCUGGCUGAUGCCCAAGAUUUAGCUACUCAAUAUGCCCACUCACAACUGGUCCCUUUACACCUCGCCGUAUCCCUUAUAGAUCCUCCUCCCGACCAGUCAAAAGAUCAGCAAACGAAGACACACGACUCGCAUGCUGCAGCGGCAGCGCCGCUAUUCAGACAAGUGGUUGAGCGCGCCCAUGGCGACCCGCAACUACUCGACCGAGCAUUGAAGAAAUCAUUAGUUCGGUUACCCGCCCAAGAACCUCCUCCAGAUCAUGUCUCAAUAUCACCUGGAUUCUCAAAGCUUCUGCGUUCUGCAAACGACCUCUCUAAGACUCAGAAAGACAGCUACAUAGCUAUAGAUCAUCUCAUCCAAGCGCUCAUUCAUGAUUCCACCGUAGAACGAUGUCUGGCUGAAGCAAAUGUACCGAAAUCUAAGCUUAUCGAUGAAGCUAUCACACAGAUUCGGGGUACAAAGCGCGUAGAUUCCAAGACCGCAGACGAUGAAGCAGAGAACGAAAACCUCAAGAAAUUCACAAUAGACAUGACUGCCAUGGCAAGAGAAGGAAAGAUUGACCCGGUCAUAGGUCGGGAGGAAGAGAUGCGCAGAGUCAUUCGAAUUCUUUCGCGACGGACAAAGAACAAUCCCGUCCUCAUUGGUGAGCCUGGUGUUGGCAAAACCACAGUCAUCGAAGGCCUCGCCUUACGGAUUGUCAACGCAGACGUCCCAGCCAAUCUUGCCGCAUGUCGACUCUUAUCUCUCGAUGUUGGUGGUCUUGUUGCUGGCAGCAAAUACCGAGGAGAAUUCGAGGAAAGAAUGAAAGGGGUCCUGAAAGAAAUAGAGGACGCCAAGGAAAUGAUUGUACUUUUUAUCGACGAAGUGCACUUACUCAUGGGAGCUGGUACAUCUGGUGAGGGUGGUAUGGAUGCCGCAAAUCUGCUCAAGCCCAUGCUUGCCCGGGGUCAACUGCACUGUAUUGGUGCCACCACACUCUCGGAAUACCGUAAGUACAUCGAGAAGGAUGCUGCAUUCGAACGUCGAUUUCAACAGGUCAUUGUGAAAGAGCCUUCGAUCCCGGAAACCGUCUCCAUUCUUCGUGGUCUCAAGGAGCGGUACGAGACCCACCAUGGUGUUACCAUUCAGGACGGUGCUAUAGUAGCAGCAGCCACACUUGCAGCCAGGUAUCUCACUCAAAGACGGCUCCCUGACUCUGCCGUGGACCUGAUAGAUGAAGCUGCUGCAGCUGUGCGUGUCACACGAGAAUCACAGCCAGAAAUUAUCGAUAAUCUAGAGAGGCGUCUUCAACAACUACAAAUUGAAAUUCAUGCUCUUUCGAAUGAGAAGGACGAGGCUGCCAAAACCCGACUGCGCGAAGCCAAGGCUGAGGCUGCCAACUGUGAAGAAGAGCUAAAGCCUCUUCGAGAAAAGUACGAGAGCGAGAAGGCACGUGGUCAUGAUAUCCAAGAAGCCAAGAUCAAGCUCGAUCAACUCAAAGUCAAACUCGCGGAAGCAGAGCGUGUUCGCGAUAUUCAAACUGCUUCAGACCUGAAGUACUACGCCAUACCGGACGUCGAAACUCGUAUAGCAACGCUUGAACUCGAGAAAGCCAGAUCAGACGAGGAGAUGUACAACCGUCGCGGGUCACAACCUGGCGAUGCACUUAUUACUGAUGCAGUUGGUCCAGACCAGAUCAAUGAGAUCGUUGCUCGGUGGACAGGUAUCCCUGUCACGCGGCUAAGGACAACAGAGAAAGACAAGCUCUUGAAGAUGGAGAGACAUCUCGGAGAAAUCGUUGUUGGCCAGAAAGAAGCUGUUGUAUCUGUGUCGAACGCAAUCCGACUACAACGUUCUGGCCUUGCGAAUCCAAACCAACCCCCAAGUUUUCUCUUCUGUGGUCCUUCCGGAACUGGUAAGACGUUACUCACGAAAGCCUUGGCCGAGUUCCUGUUCGAUGACGCUAAAGCUAUGAUUCGGUUCGAUAUGUCCGAAUACCAAGAACGUCAUUCACUCAGCCGUAUGAUUGGUGCACCCCCUGGCUACGUAGGCCACGAUGCCGGUGGUCAACUUACUGAGGCUCUGCGCCGGCGUCCCUUCUCUAUUCUGCUAUUUGACGAGGUCGAGAAAGCUGCAAAAGAAGUUCUCACUGUUCUUCUACAACUCAUGGACGACGGUCGAAUUACUGACGGUCAAGGUCGUGUGGUCGAUGCGAAAAAUUGCAUUGUCGUAAUGACGUCCAACCUCGGUGCCGAAUAUCUCUCAAGGCCGAACGCAGCUGACGGAAAGAUCGAUCCUACCACGAAGGACAUGGUAAUGGGCGCACUCCGAAACUACUUUCUGCCCGAGUUCCUCAAUCGAAUUUCUUCGAUAGUCAUCUUCAAUCGUCUUACGAAACGCGAGAUUCGCAAGAUCGUCGACGUGCGCAUGAGCGAGAUACAGAAGCGGCUUUACUCCAAUGGCCGCAAUGUCAAGAUCGAUCUCACAGACGAAGUGCGAGACUACCUUGGUUCUGCUGGUUACUCGCCUGCCUAUGGUGCUCGUCCGCUUGCGCGACUGAUCGAGAAGGAAGUCCUCAACAGAAUGGCCGUACUCAUUUUGAGAGGCAGUAUAAAGGAUGGUGAAACAGCGAGAGUCAGAUUGGAUGACGGACAUAUCUACGUCGAGCCAAACCAUGGAGACUCAGACAGUGAGGAUAGUGAGAUGUGGGACGAGGAAGAUGCGAUUCAUGAGAUUGAGGAUGUGGAUGACGCGCCGAUGGAUCUCUACGAAUGAGAAGGUUAAAGCAGAGGAUUUGCAUUUAUUGUUCAGCAUUGUAGCUAUGUAUGCAUCAUGAGCAUGGCGUUAGGUUUUUUGGACUGAGUAUGAGUGUACUCUCGGUAUUAGGAUAUGAUGCAUCAAUGAAAAACGGAUAGGUGGAGGUAUAGCAUAUCAUUUAUUAUGA